CAGAACAAAGACAUACAGCGCUUCAUUACCGCAAUGGCCAUUUUAGUAACUCUCAUCACUAAGUCAACUUUCUCCAUCGCAUUACUCUUCUUCCUGCUCCUCCAGUUCUCCGGCACCGAUGGCCACGGCGGUAGCGACCACUCGGAGGAAACCGACGGCGCCGCCGCCGUUGACCUUCACCGGAGAGGGUUAAUCCUCGUGAAAAUCUACUGUCUGAUCAUCCUCUUCGCCAGCACGUUCGCCGGCGGCGUGUCUCCGUAUUUCUACCGGUGGAACGAGAGUUUUCUGGUGCUGGGAACUCAGUUCGCCGGCGGCGUGUUUCUCGGCACGUCGCUCAUGCAUUUCCUGAGCGACGCGAAUUCGACGUUCGGUGAUCUGACGGAGAAGACGUACCCGUUCGCCUUCAUGUUAGCGUCGGCGGGGUACCUCCUCACCAUGUGCGCUGAUUGCGUGAUACUGAUGGUGACGAACGGCGGCGGCGGAGAGGCUAAAGUGGAAGUUGAACAUGGCGGCAGGGUAACCGCCGGUGAUGAUGAUCAUGAACAAGAGAUGAUGAACCCUUUUGCGAAGACGGCGUCGUUGGGGGAUACGGUGCUUCUCAUUCUUGCAUUGUGUUUCCACUCCAUCUUUGAGGGGAUAGCCGUUGGAGUAUCCGGCACGAAGGGAGAAGCAUGGAGGAACCUGUGGACGAUUUCAUUACACAAGAUAUUUGCAGCCAUGGCAAUGGGGAUUGCACUUCUAAGGAUGAUUCCAAAGAGGCCAUUCCUACUCACAUGUGUUUACUCCUUUGCCUUCGCAAUCUCUAGCCCUAUUGGGGUAGGAAUCGGAAUCGCCAUUGACGCCACCACCGAGGGUAAAGCGGCAGAUUGGGUUUAUGCCAUCUCAAUGGGAUUUGCGUGUGGGGUUUUCAUUUAUGUUGCAAUUAACCAUCUCAUAGCCAAAGGUUUUAAGCCCCACAAUAAGUCCUACUUUGACACCCCACUUUUCAAGUUUCUUGCUGUCCUUCUUGGGGUUGGGGUUAUAGCUGUUGUCAUGAUUUGGGAUUAGUGUAUUCUUUACAUACAUUCCACAACUCAUCUGAUGAUAUAUAUGUCUUAAUUGUUUGUGAAAACUACCAACUUCCUUCAA